AUGUGCUGUGUAUACCGUAAUUCCAUAGGCUGUGAUGAGUUGGCAGCGAAAUCGCGCAGUCCAAUGAUUUUGAUCCUACUGUUAAUAUUGUUUUUCUGUGGAUGGUGCAUAGUGUAUUUUGGACAGAGUUUGAAACGUCCGACUAUUCAGGGGCCGGUUUUGAUUGUGACUGCCCAUCCGGAUGAUGAGUGCAUGUUUUUCUCCCCUGUUAUUUUGUCUCUUCUCAAAUGGAACAUUCCGGUUGAUCUCCUUUGUCUCUCUUCUGGUAACUAUUACGGUUCUGGCCGUCUGAGAUGUGAUGAGCUAAGACGUGCAGUAGACAUCCUUGGAAUUCGACAUCAUAUGUUGAUUUGUGAUACUAAACUACCGGAUAGUCCUCGCAAGAUUUGGGCUGCAGGGCACGUCCAAAAAUAUAUCUCCAAAGCUGUUCGGAAGUGGCAUUCCAAAACAAUAAUUUCAUUUGACAUCUUCGGUGUGAGCGGCCAUUCAAAUCACUGUCAAAUUCACUCAGCUUUGGCCGAACUGCCCCUGGGAGUUUCCGACGUGUUUGUCUACUCUUUGAAAACAUAUGACUCCCUUCUGAAAUAUUGUACACCUUUGAUUGUUUUACUAGCCCUCUGCCUAGAACGCAGGUACGUUUUUCAUGUACCGUUUUCUGGAACUCUUACACCUCACAAAGCAAUGCUUCAGCACCGAAGUCAACUUUUGUGGUUUCGGUAUUUGUACAUGAUCUUUAGUUCGUACAUGUAUAUAAACGUUCUUUCCCCCUUAAAAAGCCGGCACUGGGGCAAUGUCAUGGCCUGGAUGACGGGCCGCCGGUGGACACCCUAA